AUGUCCAAGUUCGCACCCCACCGGAAGUCAGGGCACUUCAUCUACGAGUGCAAGGGGACGCGUCCUUACCUCUCGCGACCCUCGCGCACGCAGCAACUGGAGAACCCGAAGGUGCUGGCAAAGCUGAAGGCAGAGGGCAAGCCGUCGGUUGAGGUCCCAGAGGAGUUCAAGACCAAGAGUGGCACCGCGAACCGCAUUCUCGAAGCCAAGGAGAAGGAGCGCGCAAAGGCGCAAGACAAGGGGGAGGGGUCGAGCAAGCGGAAACGGUGUCUCAUUCGAUUUUAUCAGUUCGGGUUCUGCUUCGGACUCGGACUCGUCCAGCGACUCGGCUCGGACUCGGAUUCAAGCGGCUCCUCCAGCUCGUCUGGCUCCGACUCAGACUCAGACGCUCUCGAUCGCGGCGGAGCGACAGCAGAAGCCCGGCUCGCAAACGUCGCAACCGCAGUGAAAGUCGGAGCAGGAGCAGGAGUCCCCGGGGCCGGCGAUGAAGCUUGGAGGACGUUGUUCUUCAUCGGUCUUCCAUGCAUGUGA